AUGUCCCACCUCGCAAUCUACCUGCUGGGCCUGGCAACGCUGUCCGCCCGCGCAAGCCACAGCGGGCUGCAGGACCUGGCCGCGUUCCCAAAGUACGAGGUCUUCUUCCUGCCCGACCUCCCCAUCGCGCAGAGUGACGCGAGCCGCUGCCGCCGGACAGGGCUCGCACACGACGACGACUGGCUCGAGCUGCGGCCCGAGUCGCGUGCGCUCGAUGCAGGGGACAGUGACGAUGGCGAGAACGUGUCGUUCGACGCGCCGACAACCGUCCAGUUCAUGCCCCUCCACUACACGCCGCCUGGGACAGACGAGAUCUCGACCUACCUCUGCGCCCUGCCGUCCCUCAACGUCACCGAGAGCCAGGUCAACGACAACGCGCGGUACGAGGACGACGAGCCCGAACCUGACCCCGUUGCGUCGUGGCAGGCGCUCAGCCACCUCGACGGCAAGUGCCUGUACCUCCGUCACGCGUGGUUCACCUACGCCUACUGCCAUAACUCGCAUCUCCGCCAGUUCCGCGCCCUCCAGCAGGACCAGUACCCUCACAUUGCAGGCUCCGACCCCGAGGAGGAUCCCGCGUUCGACGCGUACUCCCUCGGCCAGGCGCACCCCGUCAGCAAGAAGGGCAAGGCGGCGCUGCCUCCUGGCCAGCGACGCGGCGCAGCAGCGCCAAAGGGCGAGGUCGAACCCGUCGCGCCGCCUGAGGCACCUGCGGAGCAGGUGUCAACGUUCGGUGUCGGCCCAGCAUCACGGUACCUCAAGCAGCGGUGGACGGACGGCACAAAGUGCGACAAGACGGGCAAGCCGCGCGAGGUCGAAGUCCAGGUCCACUGCAGCAUGACGUCGACCGACGUGCUGUACAUGGUCAAGGAGAUCACGACGUGCCAGUACGUGGUGGUGAUCCACUCGCCGCACCUGUGCUCCUUGCCUGGCUUCCGCCCGUCGUCAAGCGACCACAUCGUGCCUGCCCCGAUCCGGUGCCGGCUGGUGAUCUCGGACAGCGAGAUGGAGGACUGGAUGGACGCCGGCGUUGCGGGCGAGGAGAAGACGUGGGGUGGCGAGGUGCCACGACUCCCUGAGCGGCCUAGGGAGGACGAGGUCAAGUCCGACGAGCCCGAGGACAAGACCAAGGCGAAGGAGAAGGCCGCGCAGGGCGCCGCCGACGCAACGCUACUUCUGGGCAAGAUUGACAAGGAGACUAUCCGCCAGCUGGAGAAGGUGCUCGGCGCGUCGUUUGGCCUUGGCGACGAGGACGACGACGGAGUGGUGAAGGACGAGGUGGAGGACGUGGUUGUCACGGCAACGGACGACAACAACGACGAGGACAAGCCCCCACUCCUCAUCGGCGCGGGAUCCAAGCCGCUCCAGGAGCCUGAGCUUAUCGACCUCGACCUCACAGCUCUUGGCGGAGACAAGGCCGACCGGCGAGCCGCACUCAAGCUGCUCCAGCAGCUCAUCCAGGCCGAGCUCGCCGAGGGCGAAGACGAGGCGCCGGUCCAGGCCGAGAAGGAGGCAGCAGCGGCGACAGGCGAGAAGCCGAAGCAGAAGCAGGAGAACAAGAAGCCCAAGGCGCAGAAGCCGCCUCCAUCACACGACGAGACGCUGGCCGCCCCCGCACUCCCCGCCGCUGUCGCCGACGCCCCACCCCGCGACGAACUAUAG